AUGUCGUCACCUACGGCAUCGUUCGGCAGCGAUCUCCCCACUUCGGUUCACGCAUCGCCCGACCUGCACGGCAACGGCAGCAGCUCUCCCGCGACGAGCGUCGAGAUUGCGCCCGAGGAGCAACAGUCCGACGAGGAGCGCGCCCGACAGAAUCAAGCCAAGCAGCGCGGCAACAAGACUCAAGAAGAGCAAGAGAAUCAGCAGCAGCAGCAGGGGGAACAACAAGAAGAGGUACCGCGUAGGGUAGUGGAGGUCCUCGAGACAUAUACCAAGCUUGCGGAAGGUCAGCCCCUUCCGACGCGACAAGAAGGAGGAUCAGAGGACGCACACGACCUCGAGUGGACCCUCACACCCAAUCAAUACCAGCACUUGCGACGCAUCAUUGCCUCGCGCGACUCGCGCUGGAUCGCCGCCGCACGCUGGGCACCCGACAAAGCCCGCGAAGAGUACUGUCCACAGAAGCAGCUUCUUCGCCUCCGCAUGUGCGAACCCAUCCACGGCGAGACCGCACACUUGGCAGCCCUCGCCAUUCUAGAUGCACUGAAGAAGCGCCUAAAGCAGGACCCUUCGUUGCUCCAGUACCGGAACACUUUCUUCGUCGGCUCCAAUUCGACUAUCGAGCUGAAGGAGGGCGACGAGAGGUAUCCACAGGUCCCGGACGCAUCCAUCAAGAUAAGCGGGACAUGGCUUCCACCAUUCGUGAUUGAGGUCAAGUUCUCGAACCCGCUGCCCGACAGCAAGGCCGAGAACUACAUUUACGGGAGUGAAGCAGACAUCCGGACUGUUCUGUAUCUGAACAUCGACUACCGGAGCCCCAAGGAGCGGAAGACAAAUUGCGAUCCAUAUAAGAUGACCAUCUCUCUCUUCCGUCUCGAGCCUGAGUCUGCUGAUCCGACAUGCAUGUACCCAACGCCGUUCCUUCACAAUGUUCCAAUUCCCUCUACACUGGAGCUCGAGCAAGACCCUACACUCCGGAACCAGGACCUCACCCUCCGACUGGGCGACUUCCAUCCCGAGCUCGACUUCAAGGACACAUUUACCGUACCCUUCAGCGAAAUUCGAGCGCUGCUGGACCACGCCAUCGAAAUUCAGCGGCAGAAAGAUGAGGGUAACAACAAGAGAAGCAAGGAAGCGCCUCGGAUAAAGCUGGGUGACAGAAAGAGGACCAGAGAAGAGGCACAACCGGAUUCAGACGAAGGCAGGACUCCAACCACGAGUUCGGACACAGGCGAGGAAGAUGAUACGGAGUACAAGCCGUCCACUGCCAAGCGAGUGAAGCGAGAUACGCAGCUUCCUGCGCGAGAAUCCCGCCGCCGCUCAAAGGCCACGGAGAGUUCAUCAUGCGGUGAAGGGGAGUCCUGA